CUUCCGCUUCUGGCGCCAAAAUCAAAAAGCAUCUUCCUGUUGGAGGAGAGCCGAGGAGGUAAACAAACGCCAGUGUGAGUGUAGGAUUGGGUUUGAGAGGAUUGCUGUAUAGUUUGGACUCUUACCUGAAAAUGGACCCGACGUCACGGUUCUUUAACAAGCUGAGAAAGCUGGCGGUGACUCUGGAGUCAGAAACUAACAAGCUCCAGCACACAUUUGACAACCGAAACAAAGACGACGAUGACAGCGAAGCCACAGCGAGAGGGAUGAGAGCGUUACACGAACUGAGCUCUGAAGUCGGAACCCUAAAGGGGCAGCUACAGGAACAGCUGGCUCAGCAGAAAGCACGGGAUAAUGAGGUGAGCAGCUUCAUUAAGGCCUGUAGAGUGAUGCAGCAGAGGGUCACUCAGGACAUUCAGGCAAUGAGGGAACUCUGCGAGAAAUAUGGUUACCAACCUCCCCGAGACACCCAGGCACAAACCAGGGCCACAGGUCAGCAGUCAGAUGCUGGAAAUGAGGCAGCAGAUGAGUUAGAAGAAGGAGAAGGGGAAAGCCAGGAGGAGGUCGGAGAUGAUCCCUCUUUAUCACCUCCUAAAGCAGGACCGCCUCCCGUCACUGACGUUCUGCGAACCCCGCAGCUCUCUGACUUCGGCCUGUCUGAGAUGCAUCUGAAGAGAGCUCUGGCUGGGGCGGAGUGGUGCUCUGAAGUGCCCCCUAUGCCGGAGAUGAGGCUCCCUCCCCCAUCACUCAACAUGCCUGCAUCUCCACCUAUGCCCAUAACUCCUAAAUGUGCCCUGCGGAUGGAUGAGGAGGAGGUGCAGACACCCCAGAUGCAUGACUUUGGCAUCUCAGAGCACACUAUGUGUCUGCUCAACGACUUCACUAUGGAUCUGUUACAGAAGAAAAUUGACAAGCCUCCAAGACCAUCACAAGACAUACCUGCACCACCAGUGAACUCACUAAUGGAGAGUUUGCAGGCUAAAGACAACUUGGAGUCCCCCGAGCUGCCUGUGUUUUGCACCCCUGGGCUUAAAAUAAAAAAGACAAACGUUCACUGCUCGCCACCCACACAAGGAAAUGGUGACCACAAACCCUCCACAAGCAACCAGCCAACCACCCCAGAGGUUCCAGUUUUUCAAACCCCAUAUGUGAACCGAAUGGUCAGCACCAAAAAGAGUGCUCGGCAGCCUGACCCCAUCAACAUACAAAUGGACGACAAUAGCCAAACUUUCAAAUUUCAGACGUCUCCUCGUAACGGAUCGAUCAACUCCAAGCGCUCCUGGGAAUAUGAUGUGCCAGAGAUGUCCGUGUUGGGUGUGGAGGACCAGAUGCCAGAGAUGCCAAAGCUAGAGUUUGCUUUGGACAAUUAUUUACAAAAUAAAAGUUCCAAAAUGCUGAAGAAGACCAGUGAGCUUGAAAAGGUGACUAAGGAGCCCACUGUUAAUAGUCUGGAGCUGGACGGACCAACCCAGGAGUUCAAUUUAGGGACACCUUGUCUCAGGAUGGACUUUGGAGACCCCAGCACACCAGAGAUGCCAGAACUCAGCUCUGUUACACAGGACAUCUGUAAACUUGUGUCUCAGGCUCAGUUGAAAAAGCAUGCCAUGGCCAUUGUGCAUCCAAAUGUCAAGGCUGACAAAUAUAAAAGCAGUCCUCCUGCCAAUGCCGUGAGUGUGUCCGUAGUAUCGGAGACUGAGUUCCAGAGUUUACCCAGCUACCUGAGGCAGAUGACUCUGCACAACCUCAACCAGACAAUACACAACAUCAACAAAUUCAUAGCAGAGUGGCCAGGAGAAAAGACAGAGCUUCGGAUGGAGGAGCUGAGGAGGAUUACCAAUGUUGGAACCAAGACCCCUGUGUACCUCCUCUGUCUGACCGAGCUCAAGAGGAUGACGCAUGUGGGAGGGGCCAGGGACACCUCUGUAUACAAACUGUGCACACGCAGCUAAAGUUUUGAAUUUGAGUUUGUCCGAUUGUCCAAGCAUAGUCACCUUUGGACUCAAAAACCUGCCUGUACCUCCAUCUUUGACUUACUGACAUGCAGAUCAGUGGUUAAUCAAUAUAUCAACACUGCAAAAAAAGAACACUUAACAAGAUAAAUCUUGACUGAUAACUUUACCAGAAAAAGUAGGCAUGCAAAUUGUUGUAUUUGGAUUGUAAAUAGUUCUGAUGCAUGGCUAGUCAAUAAUUUGUCCUCCUUAAGUGUUAUUCUGGUUUUACACUGACCUGUAUAUGGAAAAAUCAUAACACAUUCCUGCAUUUAAUGUAUGAAUGAGCUCAUUAAAGACUAUUGAUAGUGUAACAUAUUAAAAACACAUUAACAUAUUAAUUUAUUGCAUACUAAAAGUUCAAAGGGCUCAGUGUAAGUGUGUGACCUGAACUCUAUGCAGAAAAAGCCCUCUGUGGCCCCAGUACAAUUGACUUCCAGCAACCAGAGGGGACCCUGACUUUAAACAUUCUGCCAUAUAGAUACGUAAAUAUGCACACAAUAGUUGAAGCAACAGAUAUUUGAUAUUUGGAAAUGUGAACUUCUACAACUCAGUGAUGACUAGGCAGCCUCCAUCCAUGAAUAAAGAUCAUGUUGUACAUUGGAAA